CCAAUGGCUUUCUUGAUGAAAAGCAUGAUAAGUAACCAGGUAAAGAGUUUCGGAUUUGGUGGCGGGUCUGAAGAAAAAAAGGAGGAAGGAGGCGCCUCGGAUCCUGCAGCAUCUCAAGGGAUGACGAGGGAGGACUAUGAGGAGUAUCAGAAGCAGAUGAUUGAGGAGAAGAUGGAAAGAGACGCUGCAUUUACACAGAAAAAGGCAGAGAGGGCCUGCCUCCGAGUUCAUCUCAGAGAGAAGUACAGGCUCCCGAAGAGCGAGAUGGACGAGAACCAGAUCCAGAUGGCUGGAGAUGAUGUGGACUUGCCCGAAGACCUGCGGAAAAUGGUAGACGAAGAUCAAGAAGAGGAAGAGGAUAAGGAUUCCAUUCUUGGGCAGCUGCAGAACCUUCAGAACAUGGACCUGGACACCAUCAAAGAAAAAGCUCAGGCCACCUUCACGGAAAUCAAGCAGUCGGCAGAGCAGAAGUGUUCAGUGAUGUGAGGGACGGGCAGAGAGCAGGGAACGAAGAGCAGGAAGCAGGUCAGAGUGGACAGGACCGUUCGUUCUCCUGCAUAGACUUAGUGACCACAGUGAGAAAAACCAUGGGGGUGGAGAGACAGCAUAAUGGUUCUGCAAAAAACUUUCAUGCCCUGAGGCUCUGAGGACCCAGGUUCAA